CUGGAUUGGGGGCAUGACUGACGCCUCCUUCCAACUGACCGGCGUGGGGCGGUGCCCUUUGCGGAAGCGGUAGUCUUUGCAGCGGCUACAGAGGCGAGGAUUGCGCAGGAGACAGUUGGGUUUGGAUCGGGAGCCUGGGCUAGCUGGAGCCAUGGUGCAGGUAUACAACCUGCACCCGUUUGGGUCGCAGCAGGUCGUUCCUCUGAAGCAGGAACCGGCGUUCUUCUGCUGCGGGCGCGACGUACUCCUGGUGGCCUGCGGCCCCGGCGCCUGCAAGGUGGAAGUGUUUGCGGAACUCUGCGAGCCACUCGGCUCCUUCAGUACUCUGGGCCGAGUGCUGUCCAUGGCGUACGGCGAAGUGGGAGAUUAUGUGGCCACUAUUGAGGAGAAACACAGCACCCUCUUCUUACGAGUUUACGUUAACUGGAGAUACAUGUCCUCUGGCAACUCACGCGUUUGUGUGCGGAUGCAGGGUCAUAACCCAGAAGCUUCCUAUACUGAGACUUCUAAAGAACAAAUGUCAAUCAUAGAAAUACCUCUUUCUGAUCCUCCCACAUGUUUCUCCUGUUGCCCUUUAUCAGGAGACCUAUUGGUUGGCUGCAAGAAUAAGUUGAUAUUAUUCCACUUGAAGCAUUUAGUUGUGAGUGAGGAUGUAAAAGUGCUGGACUUUGAGCGCUCCUUAAUUUUGCACAUGGAGAAGUUCACCCCAACAGAAGUUGCAUUUUGUGCAGGGUAUGUUGCUGUCACAGCAGAACUGGAAGUCCUUGUCUUCAAGCUACUAACUGGGGAGAAAGUAACUUUGGCUGGUAAUAGCAAACAGCAUAUCUGUGAAUUUGUAGAGCCUGAAAUACCCAUUAAUGAAGUUACUAAAGGUAUAACCGAGGAAGUUGAUCAAACUCAAUCAGAAUCAGAUGGGUUUGUUUUCUGUCAGCAGCCAGUGGAACUUUUCGGAGAAGAAAGUAGCAAGUGUGAGAUACCUGUUAUUUUGGAGUCUAUUAGCUUAACUGGUGAAGAUUUAAAUUUCCAAGUGCAAUAUGUUCUGUACAGGCGUUUUGCUCUUGAUGUGUCCUCAUUUCCUUUUUCUGCUGAAGAUGCCAAACUGCACUCUCUUCAGCUGCUGCCAAUACAUGAAUCAGGGACUUCUGUCACGGCUAAGGAAGAAGAUACAUCUAAACAAGAAUUCCUGAGUUUGUUUUGCUUUUUCUCCCUACCUCAUGUGGCAUACCUCUACACAAUCAAUGACUUAGUGGAACUUAUUUCUACCUACCAAUAUUCAGAAAGAUCCCAGCAAGCAGUUCUUACACCCCAGUUCCUGCAUGUCAUUACAAGCAACAACCUGCAGUGUUUUACAGUGAGAUGUAGUGCUGCAGCAGCUCGGAACGAAGACCCCUACAUUGAUACAACAUUAAAGGCUUGUCCCCCUGUGUCUCUUGAUGUUUGUACCUUGAGGAUGCAGCUUUUUAUAGGGCUGAAAGCCAUCUCUCACUUCAAACACCAUAUCAUCAUUUUGACAAAAGCAGAUUCUGAGGACAUUGUAGAGAAAAAAACACUUUCACGAAGACUCCUUUACCGAAAGGCUGAUAACAUCAAACCUAAGAUUUCCCCAGAAUCUGAACCUGGAUGGAAUUUGUAUAUUGUGAACACAACUUCAACUCUACAACUCUACAAAGAAAUGGUAGAAUACAGCAAGACCUAUGAAAAUGUAAGAACAGAGAGUUGUAUUCAUCUCUUAAGCGAGGCUCAUUUGCUAGUCAGAACAGCUUUAAUGGAUCCUUCUCUGAAAGACUCGGAGGAGAAGGAAGCUCUCCUAGCAGCGUUUCAUGAGAGUUGUGCUCUUCUUGGAGACUGUUACAGCAGAUUUGACACCAAAGACUUCCAUCUUGCACUCCCUUACUAUAAAAUGUCCAGCCUUUCUAUAUCUGACAUUCUGAAGCGAGUAGCAUUUGGAGAUAAAACACAGAAGUAUGGAAAAGGUUUUAUAUUCUACUUGCAGCAUUCCUUGUAUGAAGACAUAGAUGAAAAGCUAAAUGAAGACUGGGCUGCAAAAGUGCUCCAGAUAUUCCACCAUGCUGAGCCAAACCAGAUACCCCACAUCCUCUGCAGUCCUUGCAUGAAGAAUGUAUGCCCUGAAAUGGCAAUGAAAUAUCUGGAAAUGAUAGAAAAGGUGGCACCAUCUGUUGUGGUCACAUUGGCCAAGGCUUCAGUGGCUCUGAAAAAGGGGGAUUGGGAUGGAUCUAAAAAGGAGCUGGACAGCCAAGCAGAGAUGAAAUUGGUAUGUGGUUUUAUUCGGGAGCCAAGACUUCUAAAACAGCACAUUAAAGGACAAAUGUACCCAACUGAACUUGCUUUGUAUCUGAAAGAGACCAGACCUGGAUUUCUCCUAGCUUCAUUAUUGGCUUUACAUGAGAAUAAUAAAAUGGAACUGGAAGAAGCAGGCUCUUGUAUCAAGAUACUGACCGGUAAAAAUGAAGAUGCUGUUCCCCAAUUCUUGGUAGACUUCUGGGAAGCUUUGCUUGUAGCAUGUACUCAGGAAGAAAUUGCACAGAAAUUACAUUUUAAACUUGCUACACAAUAUAUUUGGAGACUAUCCAGGAAAGAGCUUCCUGACACUGAGCCUCUAAAAACCACUGAAGAUUUGAUAAAUUCCUGCAAUGAUUAUGGACUUAUAUUUUCUUGGAUUAUAUUCAUGAUGUCGUUAGUACCUCUUCCUGAUUGGAAUUCAUAUGAUGACCUUUCAAAAUUACAAUCUCUCUUAUGCAGUCCAUCCUUCAAAAUAUCCUCCAUUCUCCCAUUUGUGAAGAAUAUUCCAGAAGAUUCUAUUUCUGGUCUGAGCAUACAUGUUCUUUGUAAUACAUGUUUAGGACAGCAUGAAGCAGCUAUUGACAAACUUCUGGAUAGGUGCCCUGAAGCUGUCAUACCUUAUGCCCAGCAUGAGCUGAGGGAUGAACAUCAGGCUUUGUGGUGGAACAAACUUCUUCCUGAACUCUGUAAACGAACCAGACAUGUUGGUGAAAAUUACCCUGUAUUUCUGUCAUCACUGCAAGAAACAUUAUCAGUCAUUGCCAUGGCACUGGAAUUGAGAGACUUCCUUAAUGUUUUACCUGAAGAUGGGAAUGCAGCAUUCUUCUUGCCCCACUUGCUUCAGUGCAGCAGAAGAUUGGUGACUUAAUCAUAAGGAGAAGCAUCAGCCAUUUUGGAUUGUUCUUAUGGGGUGCAAAGUACUCAAAUGAACAAAACUCCAUGAUGCAACUAUUAACUUAAAACUUUAAAUGCUGCAUACUCCAGGCAUAGUCUCAUGUAUAUGGGAAGAGUAGGGUUUGAUGGAUCUCCAAAGAUUGUCAUCCGAUGUGUGGUAGCAGUACAGUACAGGUAAACUGGUGAUUCUCAGCCUUGGCAGCAUGGUCUGGACGUCAACUCCCAGAGCUCAGAAAUACUGAGCUAAACACAUAGAGGAGAUGUCGGUAACAUGCACCUUCAUCCCUAGCCUCUUCUGUAUUAAAACUUUGAAGCUUCCCAAAAAGCACUGCAAAAAAGCAGCAAUGACUCUAGAUUAUUUUGGUGAGAGACAAAAUAGAAUAGGUGCAUUAAGCCUAUAUAAAAGUAAAUCUUGUCCCUCAAACAAGUGAUAACUGAGCCAAAACUUUCUUCCGUAUAAAAGUAAAUCUUGUCCCUCAAACAAGUGAUAACUGAGCCAAAACUUUCUUCCGUAUUCUCCCCCUAUCAUAAUACCUUUGAUAAGGGUCAUUAUCUUAUCUUGCUGCUUGGGAUAGGUUUUAGAAAAGUUUCACCACUCUAAACUGCUGGUGGUGCAUGUGAGCUGACUAGAAAGCACAUAAAGUUGUGAAGGGGCCUUUCUAAAUAAAUAUUUAGUGCGAUUGUCAUUCAGGGCUUUUUCCUAAACAUCAGUCAUAUGUGUAAUGUUUAACUUGUUCAGUAGGAAUAUUUGUUUCUCGUGGCUGCUAGGACAGAAAAAAGAACAAUUUCACAAGAAUUCUAAGUAGAGCCAAAAGUUUCAGCAGAUUGGCUCCCGUGCAGACUAUCUGUGUUGCAAACAAUGAGUUUCUUCAAGUUUUCUAAAAGUGAAUUAGAUUAGAAACCAGAUUAUGGAGGCAAUUUAUAAAGUUGGCCUAGCAAGUAUCACAAAGUCCCAACAUUAACAAUGACAAAGGUUGUUACUUUAUCUGCUUUUAAUUUUUCCCAUCUCUGCAGUUGUAAUAUGAGUCAGACGUCAUUUUGUCAUAUUCAUAUUAACUUUUGAAGAAUCUUCAAGACUAGUUUAUUUUGAAAGAAGACACUUAAAACACAGAAAAGUUGUGAAAUUAGAAAUAGAAAAUAAUGUUCUAUCGAUCAUAACUAAGACUUCCAUGCAAAAGCAUUCCUCUAGUUUUAUUUUAAUUAUUUUCAGUAGGGAUUUUUUUAAAAAAUAUCUGUCAAUGUUUGGAAUCAUGGAGCUCAUCUUAUCACAGUCGAACCAUUUUUCCAAUUUGAGAAUUCGGCCGAAGUUCAUAAUUUUGUUUGUCUGAUGUCACUGCUGUAAAUGACAGAAAGUGAAAGUCAGUGGUUUUCAAAAGAACAUUUAAGCUAAUAUAUAUUUUAUAUUUUUAUUAUAGCCACAAAGUAGAUAUGUUCUUAAUUUCUCCCUUUCAUUCAUAUAACAAGGAGUAGAAUUUUAAGAAACUAGUGCUCUAAAAGUAAUUGUCUAUGCUAAAGCUAGGCAAGGUGAUGUAUUCCAAAUAUUUUAUCUCCCAUAAAACCCGGUAGGCAUGGCUUUGAACUAUAAGUGCUGUAGUCCAAAACUCCUGGUAAAUCAUCAAGUUUCAUACAUAUAGUGUAGUUUCUGAAACCUGACUUUGUGGAUAGGUCCAAAGAGAAGAUAUAUAUUUGCUUGCAGGCACCAGUUUAAGUAGCACGUUUCAUCCAGGGCUACUAUUUCAAACAUGGGGUACUAUAUGUGUAUUACUUACUUUCACAGUUUCAGUCCUUUCCAGAAUGCCAAUGGAAACAAAUUUAAGAUAAGAUAGAGAAAGAGAAAAAAAAAGGAGAAAACACAUAGGGAUCCAAAUUUCUUCCAAUAGAAUGAAACAAACACAAUAUGCAGAUAUUAAAGAGAUACAGCUUAUCAGCAUUAUGAGAUUAAAAAUUGUACCAGUUUACUUGAAUAACCACACCUUCAUUAGAGAGAUAAGGGUGGCAGUUAAAGUUAAAACCUCUGUCAAUUCCAGCUCGACUAUCCAAAUAAAGUCCAGGAUUUCUUUCA